AUGAGCGAAAAGAUGUUCAAAAGAGAAGAAAACAGUAGAAAUGAUGGAGAAGAAUUGUCAAUUGAAUUGGAAUCUGAUGACGAUCCACUGAAAAAUGUGACUGCGACGGAUAUUGUGAAGUUUCAGACGACAGCGCUCGAGGAGUUGUGCAACACGUUGGAGGAGGGCAUUCAAUACCAACAUCGCAUUAUCCAACGCGGAGACGAGAUGGUCGAGUACUACAAUGAGUAUAGAGAUGAAAUUGUGGACUCAAUGGCUAUCGUCUGGAAACGCGGUCUCCGAGCUAUCAAAAACAACAAACAACGUAUUGAUUGGGCGUUGAACAAAUUCCGAAUCGAUUUGAGAAAGAUUUUGUGGCUCUACGUCACGGUGAAUCAUAUGAUGGAUGAGGAGGAGAAGAAUGCGGCGAAGCAAGAUGAAUUCGUAGAGAUUUUGGAUGAAGCUGAGAAGGAAAUUGGGCUGUUCAAGGAUAAUGUGAACCUGCAAGAUCUGUUUGGUGCAAAGACUGCAGGUGUAGUCCCAUCGCAGACUAAGUUGAGUCGUGAGACAUUGGUCAAUCAUAUCGUCCAGCCGUACAAACCAAUUGAGACUGAGGUGGCAACCCACGUGUCGAAUGUCAAUCGUCUAAUUUCGGACAUUCUCUGCAAAACUCCAAAACGCGUUCUGCUGGCUGAAAUAACGAAACCUCUGCAAAAACAAGGACAAACUGUGGCUGAAAUGAUUUUGAAAGAGUUCCCACCAAAGACUGUUGAAGACUUCAUUCAAACACUUCCAGUAAAGCAGAGAGACUAG